UAAAGGCAGGAGGCUGUCCGAGGGGGUGGCCAGGCACCAGGGACAGAGCACGGACAUGGGGCCCAGAGGUCAGCAGGAGGGGCUUCUGCCCAAGCUGGUUCGUCAGCCCGUGAGGUGCCACCCCUUUGCCAGCAGCGGCUGCCACAAGGCGAGGAGCGAUGCCCCCGGGGCCUGGCCGGAAGGGAAGCUUGGGGAGCCCCAGACCGGCAUUGGGCACAUCUGGUGGUCACGCUCAGUCGGGCAAGUCAGCCAGGUUGUCAGCAGUGGAGUCUGGGGGCUGCUACGGGCCUGGGGCAAGACUCCGCCCCUCACGGGGCCUCAGCUGCCCCCUCCGCCCCGCCCCCCACCGAACCGCAAGGACGGGGCCGGAGGAGGGGCUGAGCUGGGAGCGGUGUCGACCUCAGCAGCGACACGUCCGGGGUCGACGCGCCGGUGGGUGGGCCCGGCUCCCGGCGCGGGUCCUCAGGCUCGUCUCUCUGGUCACCGGCCGGCCUCCAGGGGGCCGAGGAUUGGCCCGCCGUCACGUGGCGGGGGUGGGGCUAGCGCUGGCCCCGCCCCCUCCGAGCCUCCCGCGCCCCCCGCUGCGCCCCCGGGCCCCAGCGCCAGCGGAGCCGCCGAGCGAGCGUGGGGAGCCGGCCCGCGCGGCACCGCGCACCCGGACGGAGAGGGGCUGGGGUGGGGGGGCCGGUGAGCGGAGUCCGCGGAGAAACGGUAGGAGCGGGGGUCCCCCUGCGGCAGGAGAGAGCCCGGCGUCCGGGGCUGCGAGCGGCCGUGCGCUCAACGGGUGGGGCCGCGCCGGGGACCCCUCCAGACCCGGACGCCCCGGUUCCCCCGUGUCCUGCCCGCGGCCCGUGGCCGCUCGAGCUGCUCUCGCGGAGUCGCUGCCGCGGUCUUCCUGAGCGGGAGGGAGUCCCCCCCCCCCCGCCUGGCCCUCGGCGCCCCGGGUCCCCAGACCCCUGCCCCCGCCGCGGGGGGCCACGUCCCGCCACUUCCCGGUCGCCCCCUCCCGCUUGCUCCCCGCUUCCAGUGGUGACGGUGACCGGCGCAGUCCACGGGCUUUCGGAUGGGUGCCCAGCCAUGGCCCGCUGGCCGUGCGUGCACCUGCUCCUGGCAGCCCGGCUUUGGUCAACAGCGAAAAACCGAAAAGCCACGUCCUCAGCUAGCAAGGCCGUCGACCACUCGAGGUCAACAUUCAGACAUACGAAAUGGAGAUCAUCACGGGACCCAUCCUAACCCUCCAGCCUGGCCCUCAAGGGUGCACGUGGGAGCCGGGGUCAGGGGCACCUGCCCACCUCUGUGGGUUCCAGCAACAGGACA